CCAUGAAUGCCUGCGUCCUGCUGACCGUGUUGUUUAUCCUGGGAGCCUCGGAGGCGGCCAAGAUUCUGUCCGUCGUGCCGUUCCCGGCUAUCAGCCACCAGAGACCCCUCAGGACGAUGAGUCUCGAGCUGGCCAGGAGGGGCCACCAGGUCACAUUCAUCACCACCAACCCGUCCAAGGAAAACAUCACCAACUUCACGGAAAUUGACAUAUCUGCCGCAUAUAACUAUUUGAAAACAUCCACUGAUUGGAUGGCUACGGUCCAUUGGACAGAAAUUGAUAUGCUAUUUUUUUGGAAGCAGAUAGGGAGAGCAGCUUGUGAGAGCGAACUCAGUUCUCCAGAGAUGCAGCAGUUCAUAAAGUCAGCUCCAAAAUUCGACCUGAUUAUUUCGGAACGGGUGAUGACGCCUUGCUACUACGGUUUAGUCCACAAACUGGGCUCCCCGCCUCUCAUCGGAUACGUCUCCUUAGGCGCCACCACCCCCACCCACUGGACUGAUGGGAAUCCCAGUAACCCCGCUUACCUUCUAGACUUUCAAGCCCGCUGCUCAGACCACAUGUCAUUCUGGGCGAGAGUUUACGUGACAUACUUAUGGCUUUUCACAAAUUAUUACUACUUCUAUCAAAUUAUGGCAGAUCAAGAAGAAAUCCAGAGAAAAUAUUUUGGGCCUGACGUUCCAUCGGUUUAUGAAACUGAAAAGAAUUUCAGUUUAAUGCUCAUAAACAAUCACUUCAGUAUAAAUUAUCCUCGACCGAAUCUGCCAAACAUGAUAGAAUUGACUGGACUGCAUGUGGAAGCCAACCCACCGCCUCUUCCUAAGGACAUACAGGACUGGCUGGAUGGGGCAGAGGACGGUGCCGUCUGCUUCAGCCUGGGUUCCAUGGUCCAGGCGAGCACGAUGCCUGAAGAAAGAAGGCUGGCGUUUCUCGAGGGUUUUAAGAAACUGCGACAGAGGGUGCUCUGGAAGUGGGAGAAGGACAUGGGCGACCUGCCACCCAACGUCAAAGUCUCAAAAUGGCUGCCGCAGCAAUCUGUACUAGCGCAUCCUAAUGUGCGCGUGUUCAUCACCCAGGGCGGUCUGCAGAGCUUUAACGAGGCCGUCUACCACGCAGUUGCUCUUCUGGGGAUGCCCUUCUUCUCCGACCAGCACCACAAUGUGGCGAAAAUGGUACAUGCUGGCAUCGGCAUCCAGCUCAAAUUCUUGGACGUCACAAAAGACACGAUUUCGGACGCCAUUCGGACGCUUAUUGCGGAUAAAAGGAUAAGCGAGAACAUGAAGCAGCUGACAGCAGUUUAUCGCGAACAUAAGGAAGAGACCCUUCCUAAGGCCAUAUGGUGGAUUGAGUACGUACUUCGCCACAACGGAGCACCACAUCUGCGCAGUGCAGCUAAAGAUCUUACCUGGUACCAGUACUUGCUGCUAGAUGUCAUUGCCUUCGUUCUGGCCGUUGUAGUGACCUUCUGUAUAGCUCUCUACAGCAUUGCUAGGUUUCUCAUCUCCAAACUAUUUAAAUCAAAGAAACUGAAACGAAACUGAGAAUCUAAACUUCUGUGAUGUAAGAGACUCUCUACGUAUUAAUUUAUUGAGAAAUAUGUUAAGUGAAGUGGAGGAUUAGAUACAUGCACAUUGAUUUGUAAGAUCAUUGUCUAGACUGUAGUAUAAAAUACAGGACACACAACUUUAACGUGUAAUAUGUUACGUUACAGAUGGAAACAAAACUGUCGUUACUGUAACGCAAGGUACAGUUUUAGUGUAAAAAAAAAGAAGCUUUUCAGAAAUGUGACACACAAGCACUGCUUUCAGUUGGUUUUUUUAUGUAUGUCAUUUUUUACGCAGCAUUUUACCACAAAAUACAACAUUCUUCAUCCUUUUCAGGAUAGUCGUGUUAAUAAGUUAAGAGUUUUGAUGUCAGCCUAACAUUUUAC